AUGCAGCAAUGUGUUUGCUUUAUACAACAGGCAGCGGAAUUUAUCGCAUUGGAACACAUACGAUAUUUAUUUAAGUUUUUAUUAAAUCCACAAAGGGUGCGUUGGGGUGAGGAGGGUUGCGUCACGUGCGAGGUCCGCACUCUAGCCCGACGCAUGCGAGACCGCGGGGCGCCGGCGGCGCAGGCGCGCCCCCCUGUCCCCGACCCGGCCCUCAGUCAGCCACCGGCGGCCGUCCCGAACGCUUUACUGGCGCCCGAACGCGUCGCGAGUGCUUAUCGAGUGAUGUCGACUUGUGACUAG